AAAAACGUUUAUAAGGCUCAAAUUCUCAUGCCCAGUGUUUCUUCUUUAGUUUCUUUCUCUUCUGACCUGUUCUUUUUUGGUUUCUCUUUUGUUGUUGCCUCUGCUUCUCCUUCCUCAGCCUUUCUUUCUUCUUCUCCUUUUUUACUGCUGCUUUUGCUGCUCCUUGGUCCCUUUUGCCUGUUUCCUAUGCCGAACUAAAGAGCUUUUCUCGUUUCUUGGCUCUUUUUCACAAUUCCUGAAAUCAAUCUCAAUCAACCUCAACCAACUUAAAUUAGAUUGCUCAAAUAAAACAACAAUCUAAAAAAUAUUUUUAAAAGAGUUUCAAUCUACGAAACAAAACAAUAGAAACCCACAAUUUACAAUGUCGAUAACUCCAAGACUGGUAUUGAAACCGAUAGUUUUUUUGGUUUCAUUAGUUUAUCAUAAAAUAUAUCUAAACUGUCUCAAUGAAAGAAACAUUUUCUAUUUGACCUUGAAUUUCAUUAUAAACUUUUCCCCGGUCUUCAUUUGGCUCUUCAUUUUCAAAAAUGCUGGAGUAAUUCCAAACGAUAUUAGACCCAAAAUCCAUGUCAAAUUGGUAUAUAAUCUAGAUUUAAUACUCUAUGACUUGAACUUCAUUGGCUUUCUAUUCUGUUUAGGUUUUUCUUUAAUUGGUUACUUUCUAGUUUAUAGGGUUUUCUUCAAAAUUAAAUCAAAAAAUCAGCCCGAUACUUAUUCUUUUUUAGAAAAUCAGCAACAGGAUAUUAAUGAAUUUGAACUCUCUGAUCAAUCCUCCUUUGAAAUUUCUGAUAAUGACGAUGACGAUGACGAUGACGAUGACGAUGACAAUGACAAUGACAAUGACAAUGACAAUGACGAUGACAAUGACAAUGACGAUGACAAUGACGAUGACGAUGAUAAUAAUCGUAACUCAGAUAUCAAUUCUAUCGAUAACUUUGACUUUGAUUCCGAUUCAACAUUAGCCAAUAAUAAAACCAACAAAAAUAAUACAAUCAACAAAAAGAAAAAUUCCUCUACUGCUAAAUUGAGUCAAUCCAAUUCUGGCAACUCAUCUUCCGAUUCUCUUAACAUUCUGUCCUUGUCAAACUUGAAUUCGUCUUCAAACUCAAACACUGGCCAAUCCCAUGAAAUAAACAGCUCAAUCAAUCAAUUUUCAACAAAUUCAAAUCAUUUAUUUUCAACUACAUACAAUUAUCCUCCCGGCUAUUCUCAAUACCUUCCUCCUCUACUAUUUAUCUUGUCGUGGCCAAUAUUAAACUUGGAUUUUUAUUUUGCUCAACCAAGCUUCAUUACUUCCAAAAAGGAUAUUUUAGCAUGGAUUUUCUAUGUUUUAUUUCAUUGCAUGAUUCCCAUCUUAAAUGCUGUUUACCUCUACAUUUUCAAAACUCCUGGUGCAAUUAAACUAUUUUCCUGUGCUUUAGGAAUACAGAACAUAUCAGGUGUCUUUACUCAUUUACUUUUCCCAAAUGCCCCUCCAUGGUUUAUUCAUUUAAAUGGUUUGGAUAUUGAACCGAAUUAUGACAUGCCUGGUUAUGCUGCCGGUUUAACUAGAGUAGACCUAGCUAUGGGAACCCAUAUGACUUCAAAGGGUUUCCACAAGUCUCCUAUCGUGUUUGGUGCUUUUCCUUCUUUGCAUUCGGCAAUGGCUGUUCAAACAUUUCUCUUUAUAUGUUAUUAUAGCAACACAAUAAUCCUAAAAUUACUCGCUUUGGCUUUUGUCAUAAUCCAAUGGUGGGCUACUAUUUACUUGGAUCAUCACUUUAGAGCAGAUUUAAUAUUUGGUUUAUUUUAUGCCUUUACCGCUUUUUUAAUUAUAAGGAGAUUUUUAAUCAAAAAGGAAAUUCAGUUCAAACAAAAUAGAAUUGAUUCAAACUUCAAAAAGGGAAGCACUUUAGGUAUGAGAGUGUUUAAAAAUACAAGAUUUCAAAAUUUCUUUGAUCCAUAUUAUUCAAAUAAUAUAUCGAAUUCAAAUUCAAAUUCAAAUUAAUAGUAUAAUUCAUAUUGAUAUUG